AGUUUCAUGUCCUUUGAGCCGACUCGGAGCGCAGCUGCAAUGGCCAAGCAUGCUGUCUGUGCAGGCAGGUCACAAUAGGAUAUGAGACACAUCCUGUUGUCUGGGGAGGACGCUUCAGAUGAGUGUUUCGCUUUGAGUAAUCACGUAAAAACUAUUGACGCAAUUUAAGUUUUUUCCCCCCCCCCUUUUUCCGACGCGACAACCCCGGAUCCCGAGUGCGAUGAUAUUUCUGAAAGAAAAAAAAAAAAAAAAAAAUUCACCCCCGCAAGUAAACGACUAGAAAUAGGAUAAUCUCUAUGACAGGGUCGGUGGAGCUGUUGAGCUUGAGGAUAUAUGAUGUUCACACUUCAGAAAUGCCUCGAAUGAGUCGCGUGGGAUUACAGCCAGCUAUUUUAAGUUAAGCAAGAAUUGGAAGUAUGGGAGACUGGGGCUAAUUGUGAGGUGAAUAUUUCUAACGGUUUAUAAGGAAAGGAAAGGACGUGACGUGUGGCCAAGUAUGGUGACCCGUACUCGGAAUUUGUGCUCUGCAUUUAACCCAUCCAAGUGCACACACACAAUAGAAGUGAACUACUUGUAUAGUCAAAUACAGUAUAAGCCUUCAUCAAAGUUUCAUAGAGGAAAACAGCUCAUAGUUUGCUUGGGAAAUGUCAAAUCUCUAUAGAAUCCAUGGAAUGUACUUUGGAGGCCUCUGUUAAUUAUGAACUCACCUACACUUGUUGAAUAAGACUCUGCGAACAUGCGGUUAGAAAGAUGAACAUGUCUGAGGACCAAAUAAACUGUACCAUAAGCCACGAGAUUCACCAAUAUCUGUUUUCGGGUGCGUACAUCCUUGUCCUGCUCGUGGGUCUUCCUGCCAAUGCUUACUCGCUCUACCAUGCCUGGCUCCAACUGAAAGCCCGCAAUGAGUUGGGGGUCUACUUGUUAAACCUGACCAUAUCCGAUCUGCUGUACCUGGCCUCCCUGCCACUCUGGCUCCAGUAUAUCUUCCAAGGGGACGACUGGAGCAGCUCAGAGUGGCUCUGUCAACUGUGUGGUUUCCUACUCUAUGAGAACAUCUAUGUCAGCAUUGGUUUUCUGUGUUGCAUCUCUAUUGAUCGUUACCUGGCGGUGGUCUACCCUUUUCGCUUCUCGGCUUUCCGAACAGUGCGAGCAGCGGCGCUGGUCAGUACGGUGGUCUGGCUGAAAGAGCUUGCCGUAGGAGUGGUGUUCUUCCGGCACAAGGAGCUCAGCAGGGACAAGCACAACCAAUCUGUGUGCUUUGAGCACUAUCCCAUGAAGACAUGGGAGUACCCAAUAAACCACUACAGGUUUUACAUAGGUUUUCUGUUCCCUUUAGGAAUCCUCUCCGUGUCAUACUUUCGAGUCCUUAAAGCGGUGGGCAAGAGUGCAGGCACGCAGACUUCACAGAAAACUCGCAUCAAGUACCUGGUGACCAGCACCAUCGUCAUCUUCCUGGUUUGCUUCUCACCAUACCACGUCUUCCUGCUGGUACGCACUAUUUUUGAGCGGAACUGCGAGUUCAUAGAGAGGAUUUUCAACUACUACCAUUUCUCUCUGUUGCUUACUAGUUUUAACUGUGUGGCUGAUCCAGCGCUCUAUUGUUUUAUCAGUGAGAGUGCCCAGAAGGGCAUCCAGAAGGCUCAGGAUGCUUGCACUCGGGUCUUAUGCUGUUGCUCAAAAAGUCAUGGAAGGUUCAACACGCACUGCACCGAGCUUGCAGUCACCAAUGAUAAUGUUACUGGUACCACAGUAGUGACACUCUUGCAACAGAACAAAACUGACGUUUGAACAUUUUUGUGGUGAUAAAGGAAUAGUUCACCCGAAAAUGAAAAAUCUGUCAUUAAUUACUCACCCUCAUGUUGUUCCAAACCUGUAAGACCUUUGUUCAUCUUCAGGACACAAAUUAAGAUAUUUUUGAUGAAAUCCAAGAGCUUUCUGACCCUGCAUAGACAGCAACACAACUGAUAUGUUCAAGGCCCAGAAAGGUAGUACAGACAUUGUUAAAAUAGUCCAUGUGACAUCAGUGGUUCAACUGCUACGAGAAUACUUUUUGUGUGCAAAGAAAACAAAAAUAAUAACAUUAUUCAACAAUUUCUUCUCUUCCGUGUCAGCCUC